AUGGAAGAACCACACACGCACGGUGACCAACCCAACGCCCAAGAUCUACCAUCUGCUCAGUUGGACGAACGGGAGAAGCGCAAACGGCAGCCUCGAAAUACAGCAUGUCAGGCAUGCGCGGCAGUCAAGAUGAAAUGUCUUCCCGGGCCGGUACCCGGGAGGUGUGAGAGGUGCCAUCGUACACGGAAAGAAUGUCAUCCAGCCGUACCGAAGCCUCGCAAGCGUCGGAUGACAAGCUCUAAGCCUUGGAUCGCUAAUCAUUCACCCGCUGGAGUUCCCAAUGGCUACGCAUCACCAUACUCUGACGAUGAGAAUCAAGCGUCCGAGGCUAGGCGCAACUCAUUACUUCGCAAUGCAGACCUGUACCAAGCCAGCAGCAAGUCGUUACUCACACUUCUUGCCCACGGUCUCGCAAUCGGAAGCUCUGAGGAGCACGCAUUGAACGGGGUCGAUCACAGCUAUAUCCACGCUGCCCUGACGGUCUUCCGGAGCCUGGCAAGCAACUUUCCCUUUGCGACUGUACACUCUGCCGCCACAGCAAUUGAGAUGGUGAUCAACAGACCUCUUACCACGAUUGCCAUAUGCACAGUGUCCUCCUUGGCCAAACCUGAUCUUCAAGGUCGUCUCGCGCAAGCUUUUAGAUUAUCGCUGAGCGCCAAAGUCAUCGUGCAAGGAGACCGCAGCCUGGAUGCCUUUGCCGGUCUUCUCAUCUUCCUGACCUGGCACCACAACUACAUGGCUAAGCCCCAGAUUUAUCAGCUGAUGUGCCUUCUGGCAGGCAUGGCGGCAGACCUCGGCCUACACCGACAACCUAGCAAGGUUGAAGCAGCUACGAUGGCGAAUAAGCUGGAGCGAGAUCGUGCGUUCCUUGGGUGCUACUAUCUAUGCUGUGGCUUGUCGCUGCUGGGCUUCAACAAACCAAACCCACUUCGUUGGACCGAUAAUCUCCGGCGUCUCGCAGAAGCCGUUGCUUCUAGGGGUUCGCAGCCGACGGACCGGGAUGUAGUCGGCUUAAUCGAGCUGAUGCGCGCUAUCAACGAUAUACAAGAUUCGUUACCAGGCGAAAGUGAUGUUAAAGAACGGACUCGAAUGCCGUAUACUGACAUGCAUAUUAAAGCAACAAGCCACCGCUUCAAAGCACUGAAGCGCGAGUAUCCCAGCCUGGGCAAUACCUUGGUGUUUGGCGCAGCGACUAUCCACUUCCAUUACCAGCUACUCCAAGGGUGCAAGAUGUCCAACAAGCCUACGCUGAUCCAGUGUGCUUGCGCAAUCAAGGAAUACUUCGAUGAUAUCCUGGCAAGGCCGCCUAGUGCCUUACACCAAGUGACAAUCCUAGACUGGGCGAAUCUGCUCGAGGUUCUCGUGUUAAUGGCACGCAUAUGGCGGUCCUUGCCAAACACUAUGGGCUGGGAAGCAGGAGCGCUCUCGUCGAUGUUGCAGCCAGAUGCUGUUCUCGACGCAGUCUGCGCGCACAUGUCGGCGGCACCCACGAACGAUGCGCUUGCGCCCCGGCAUGAAGGACAGCUCCGCUGGUUUCGAGGCGUGUGUGCUAGCAUCAAAGAACGUAUAUUGCACGAACAGGCGAGUAGCGAUAGCACACUACGAAACGAGGAGUCUCAGUAUGAUACGGUGCACUCUCUGGGGCAGACCGAACGGCGUGCGGAAGAAGAAGAGGCUCGUUUCAGACCGGCGGACUCGCUUCCCAUAUCUAACGAGGCUCUACCGCCAAUAAUGCAGGCCGUAUUCGAUGCCGACCACUUAGACCCGUUGGUAUCGUUCGAGAACGGCGUGCUCGACGAAGAGUUCUGGGCCAAUCUGAUGGCAGAAUGA